CGCGGAGACUAACGCUCAGACCCGCUUGGGAGGAGCGGCUUUGAAGGGAGAUCCGCACACGGCAGCAUAACGAAGACCCCGCAACAUGUUCCACGGAUUCCCCGCAGACUACGAUUCGGCCUCUCGCUGCAGCAACUCGCCCUCCAUGGCGGACCCGCAAUACUUCUCGCCUACAGACUCAUUCUCCAGCCUCGGCAGCCCGGCCAGCAGCGCCCAGGAUUUCUGCGGCGACCCGUUCGUGCCCACGGUGACGGCAGUGAGCGACAGCCAGGAGCUGCAGUGGAUGGUGCGGCCCAACCUGUUGCCCGGAGCCCCGUCCCCCGGCCGCACACACCCCUACCCCGUCUACCCCCGGUCGGGCGGCGCCAAGCACUCGGGCCGCCGGGGCAGGAGUGAGCAGCUCUGCCCCGAAGACGAGGAGAAACGGCGGCUCCGGCGGGAGCGCAACAAGCUGGCGGCGGCCAAAUGCCGCAACCGACGGCGGGAACUGACCGACACACUGCAGACGGAGACUGAGCACCUGGAGGGCGAGAGGUCGAUGCUGGAGGCCGAGGUGUCGGCGCUGUUGAAGGAGAAGGAGCGCCUGGAGUUCUCCCUGGCCGCGCACCGGCCGCUCUGCAAGCUGACCCGGGAGACAGUGUCCCUGGCCCACACCAGAGCCGUCGACUCGGGCCGUUCGGUCCCCGACCUGGAUCUGAUCAGCCUGGCCGACUGGGAACCGCUGUAUCCGGCGCUGCCCAUGGACUGCGAGCCGCUCUGCACCCCCGUGCUCGCCGCCACCCCUGCCGCCUUGCCCGACGUCUUCGCCUUCAGCUUCCCCGGCCCCGAGCACCCGGCAGGGCCGCUGAACUCACCCACGCUGCUCGCCUUGUAGCGGGACCCGGCUCCAAGCCGCCGGCCCUCCGAUCCAACCUCAUGUGUAAAUUGUAUAAAUGAUCAAUUAUUUAUUUCGCGGCCUCAUCUGUCGUGUUUCAAAUAUCAGUUUUCCAUGAAAACGGUUCAAUUUAAUUUAUUUAUAGAGAUGUUUAUUUUUUCUAUUUUCCUUGUGCAUCAAUAAAACGUAAACCAUA